AUGGCCGAGCACCACUACAAGUUCAACGUCGCCAUGUCCUGCGGAGGUUGCUCGGGCGCCGUCGAGCGCGUGCUCAAGAAGCUUGACGGGGUCAAGCAGUACAACGUCUCGCUUGACACUCAGACCGCCGAUGUCACCACCGAAGACUCCCUUUCUUACGAGACCGUCCUCGAGAAGAUCAAAAAGACUGGCAAGACCGUGAACUCCGGGGAGGCCGACGGGGUUCCCCAACCUAUAUAG